AUGGCCGCCCCGAGACGCAGAAAGAUUGGUCACAGAAGACGCAUCGAGGAUGAGGAAGACGGAGAAGGUGGACCCGACCAGCUCGAACUCGAUGAUGACUCUCUGACCGAGGGCUCCAUCAUCAGCGACGACCACGAUCACGGCAACGAUAGCGAUACGAGCAACAUCGAUGAGGCCUCUCCCGUUACCCCCAAUCCUAGAAAGUCGGCUGGGAAUGGAAACGCAAAGCCCGGUAGCCGGAAACACUCGGCCCUGGCCCCCUCGACGACCAACAAGGCAACACCCGAUGCCGAGGAGCUAUCUGUCAAUGACCGGUCCGAGCCCGUUCAACAGGAGGCACAACUUGACGGAGCCGCAUCUCCCCCAAAGUCCUCUGCCCCUCUCGUCGUGAGCUCCCACUCAUCCCGCGUUGCCGAACCUGUCAACGAACGUCGUCGCCGGGAACACGAAGAAUACAAGCGGAGACGGGAUGAAGACCCCGCCUUCGUUCCCAACAGAGGGGCCUUCUUCAUGCACGAUCAUCGCCAUGCCGGACCCUCUGCCAACGGCUUCCGACCCUUUGGCAGAGGACGAGGACGUGGUGGCCGUGGUGGAGGCAUUGGGGGCCCCUAUGCACCCAUCAAUCAACUGCACACGCCGACCGAUCCUCUCACGAGCGGCCAAUGGGCACAUGAUAUGCACGAGGCCGUGACCGAACCGCCUCCCUCGAGACAGCCAAGGCACCUGCCCGUCGAAACUGAAGGUCCGGCCAACGGCAACGGCUUCAUCCCAACGUGCCCGUCCAACCCCACCCCGAUCAACCGGACUUUGUCGACCGAGCGACACAUCGGCAACGUGCAGGUCAGGGUGUCUCUUCCCGUUGUUGGCAAAGCUCCCGCCGCCUUUGGCAUGCCAGUCAAACAAUACACCAAGCUUCCGGAUCAUCGGCCACCCCUUCGCCGCGACAAGCCUGUCCGCAUCUCCUUGCCCGACAACCCGCCCAAGUACAUCUUCCCAGCUGUCGACCGAUCCUUCAUCUUUAUCCCCCGGGCGAUGCGACCCAACCAACAGCGGACCCGAGGCAAACCUCGCUCUGGACUUGGUUCCAUGGGAGGCUUCUCCCGGCGGACCAGCGUCUUCGGUGGAAGCUACUACGGCAGCGCCUACUCUCCCAGUAUCGCUCUUAGCCGGCGCUCCUCUCUCGCUCCUGACGGGCGUGACUACUUGUUCUCCCCCACGGGGUCUGUCAUGUCGCGGGCCCCUGUUCCAGUCGAGAACCCCCGGCCUGUCGUCCGCCUCCCACCUGCGGCUCACCCAAAUCAGCCAUUUGUUGGACAGGACGGGUACCCCAUGCAUCCUAUACAGCCAAACGAGACAUCUAUCAAUGACUUGCCGCAGCCGCAGACGCAUCCGUUGCCACAGAAGCCUGCUUUUCAAGAGAGCCGCCCGAACCCGAUCCCUAUGCACCAGCCCCGUCCCCAAAAGGCUGUCUCGGUCACAAACAUUGAAUCGCCGACCCUCAACCAAGGCCCGCAAGCCUUCCAACAAGCUUUCCAUCAGCAGGUUCCUCUCCAGGUCUCCAACGGCAUGCCGCAAGAAGCCCACUCGCGACAGCCGUCGUACCCCACGCAACACUCCACCGGCACGCCUCUGUCCCAGAUUCCCGAGAGGGCAAUUCACGCGGCUCCGUUCCAGCCGAACACGUUCCAGCAGCAGCAAAACUUCUACAACCAGCCUUACCCUAUGAUGCAGCCUCAGCAGCCGUAUUACUACCCCGGACAGUACAAUGGCAACAACAUGAGACCCUCUGCCGCAGCUCCAUCGUUCGUUCCUUCGGGACAGCCAGGCCAAGGCCAGGGAUUCCCUCCUCAAGCUCAGGCGGACCCCGCGGCUGCACAAGCAAACGGCCAAGCACCAACGGGUCCCAAUUUGGUAGCUCAAGAAGUCAACGGCAUGGUGUACUAUUACGAUGCCACCCAGAUGCCCUCCAUGAACAACUAUCAGCAGAGCUACCAGCCUCCCCCGCAGUUUGGCCCCGGUGUUAGUGGUAUGGGCGGCAUGGUGACGCCGAGCCCGGACGCCUUUUACUACCAGCAGCCAGCCCCCGGGAUGGUGUACUACUCUCAAUAG